CACAGCCUGUUGCUUAUUCAUUCAGAGUGGGAAAGCGCCAGACCAGCGGCCAGCCAGUGCCGGGCUGGCCAUGUAAGGCCCCCAGGCGGUCCUGCCUGUCCGGUGCCCUGCGGAGAGCCUCUUGCAGCCCUGGGCACCGCCCCUGCCCUGCCCUGACCCCUUGGCCUCGAAAUGCUGUCAUCGGAGGAGCGGUCCCGCUCGGGACAAGGCCAGGAUGGACAAAGCUAGAGCUGGGGCAGGCAAGGAGCCGUCCUGUCCUCGAGGCCGUGGGAAGAGAAGCACGCACAGGGGGGCCGCUCUUGAGAGCCUCCUGGUCCACCAGGCCUCUGCAGAGGACCCACCAUGUCUCUGGCCCGAGCCCGCUGGCAGCUGGGAGCCCUGGUGUGGGGCGCCUGCCUCUGUGUUCUGGUGCACGGGCAGCAGGCGCAGCCGGGGCAGGGCUCAGACCAGGGGCGCUGGCGGCAGCUGAUCCAGUGGGAGAACAACGGGCAGGUGUACAGCCUGCUCAACUCGGGCUCAGAGUACGUGCCGGCGGGGCCGCAGCGCUCUGAGGGCAACUCCCGGGUACUCCUGGCGGGCGCCCCGCAGGCCCCGCAGCGGCGCAGCCAGGGGGGCCUCCGGCGUCGGCAGGCCCCGUCCCUGUCCCUGCCCCUGCCCGGCCGCGUCGGCUCGGACACAGUGCGCGGCCAAGCGCGGCACCCCUUCGGCUUCGGCCAGGUGCCCGACAACUGGCGCGAGGUGGCCGUCGGGGACAGCACCGGCAUGGCCCGGGUCCGCACCUCUGUCUCCCAGCAACGGCACGGGGGCCCCGCCUCCUCGGCCUCGGUCUCGGCCUCGGCCUUCGCCACCACCUACCGCCAGCCGCCCUCCUUCCCGCAGCAGUUCCCCUACCCGCAGGCGCCCUUCGUCAGCCAGUACGAGACCUACGACCCCGCGUCGCGGACCUACGACCAGGGCUACGUGUACUACCGCACGCCGGGCGGCGGCCUGGGCGCCGGGGCCGCGGCCGCGGCCGUGGCCUCGGCGGGGGGCGUCUACCCCUACCAGCCCCGGGCGCGCUACGAGGAGUACGGCGGCGGCGGCGGCGAGGAGCAGCCCGAGUACCCGCCGCAGGGCUUCUACCCGGCCCCGGAGAGGCCGUACGCGCCGCAGCCGCCGCAGCCCGCCGACGGCCUGGACCGCCGCUACUCGCACAGCCUGUACCACGAGGGCACCGCGGGCCUCGAGCAGGCCUACCCCGACCCGGGCCCCGACGCCGCGCAGCCCGGCGGCGACGCGCGCCUCGGCUGGUACCCGCCCUACGGCAACGUGCCGCCCGAGGCCUACAGCCCGCCGCGCGCCGUGGAGCCGCAGCCCCCCUUCCGCGUGCUGGAGCCCCCCUACCUGCCGGUGCGCAGCUCCGACGCGCCCCCGCCGGGCUCGGAGCGCAGCGGCGCGCAGCAGGGCCGCCUCAGUGUGGGCAGCGUGUACCGGCCCAACCAGAACGGUCGAGGUCUCCCUGACUUGGUCCCAGAUCCCAACUAUGUGCAAGCAUCCACUUACGUCCAGAGAGCCCACCUGUACUCCUUGCGCUGUGCUGCAGAGGAGAAGUGUCUGGCCAGCACAGCCUACGCCCCGGAAGCCACAGACUACGAUGUGCGGGUGCUGCUGCGCUUCCCCCAGCGCGUGAAGAACCAGGGCACCGCAGACUUCCUCCCGAACCGGCCGCGGCACACCUGGGAGUGGCACAGCUGCCACCAACACUACCACAGCAUGGACGAGUUCAGCCACUACGACCUGCUGGACGCGGCCACAGGCAAGAAGGUGGCUGAGGGCCACAAGGCCAGCUUCUGCCUGGAGGACAGCACGUGCGACUUCGGCAACCUCAAGCGCUACGCCUGCACCUCUCACACGCAGGGCCUGAGCCCGGGCUGCUACGACACAUACAACGCAGACAUCGACUGUCAGUGGAUUGACAUAACUGAUGUGCAGCCCGGGAACUACAUCCUCAAGGUGCACGUGAACCCGAAGUACAUUGUUUUGGAGUCGGACUUCACCAACAAUGUGGUGAGAUGUAACAUCCACUACACGGGUCGCUACGUUUCUACGACAAACUGCAAAAUCGUCCAGUCCUGAUCUCAUGGAGGGUGUACAGAUGGCCAACCUCCCCACCUCCCAAAGCAGGCCCUGCUCCCCAGGCAGCCUCCCACCAGGACAAGCCCGGCCGGGGGGCCCAGCCCCACCACCCACAGGCCGGGGCAGCUGGACCCCGAGAGCAUCCUUCCCUGCCCGCCUCAGGGAGCAAACGUGGGCUGAAACCACAGGGAUUCCGGAUGCCAGGCCCAACUGUGUACUUAACUUUCCCCUACAACGUUAUUUUGUCGGUCGUUGGUUUUUAUUUUUUAUAUUUUGGCCACACCACAGCAAGAUUGCCCAGGCCUGGGCUGAAUAAAACAAGGUUUUUCUAC